CGGGCGCCGGCUACGCGCUCCUGCACGCAACAGAUCUUCUGCCAGCAUGCAAUGGAGAAAUAACAACAAUGUCUUUCCUACAAGAUGUUGUGGACAUUUUACUUCAGUAUGUGGUGAAAAGUUUUGAUAGAUCAACAAAAGUUAUUGAUUUCCAUUAUCCGAACGAGCUGCUCCAGGAAUAUAACUGGGAACUGGCAGAUCAGCCACAAACCUUGGAAGAAAUUUUAUUGAACUGCAGAACAACUCUGAAGUAUGCAAUUAAAACAGGGCAUCCUAGAUAUUUUAAUCAACUUUCAACUGGAUUGGACAUGGUUGGAUUGGCAGCAGACUGGCUGACAUCAGCAGCAAAUACUAAUAUGUUCACCUAUGAAAUUGCUCCAGUGUUUGUACUUUUGGAAUAUGUCACCCUAAGGAAAAUGAGAGAGAUGGUUGGCUGGCCCGGGGGCUGUGGCGAUGGGAUAUUUUCACCUGGUGGUGCCAUAUCUAACAUGUAUGCUAUGUUGAUUGCACGUUUCAAGAUGUUCCCAGAAGUUAAAGAGAAAGGAAUGGCAGCUAUUCCCAGACUGGUUGCCUUCACAUCAGAACAUAGUCACUUUUCUGUGAAGAAAGGAGCUGCAGCCCUGGGUAUUGGUACAGAUAGCGUAAUUCUGAUUAGAUGUGAUGAAAGAGGGAAAAUGAUCCCAUCAGACCUUGAAAGAAGAAUCCUUGAAGCCAAACAAAAAGGCUUUGUCCCAUUCCUGGUGAGCGCCACAGCAGGAACAACAGUGUAUGGGGCAUUUGAUCCACUCAUAGCUAUUGCAGACAUCUGCAAGAAAUACAAAAUCUGGAUGCACGUGGAUGGAGCGUGGGGUGGCGGGCUGCUGAUGUCCAGAAAGCACAAAUGGAAGUUAAAUGGUGUUGAAAGGGCCAAUUCGGUGACCUGGAACCCACACAAGAUGAUGGGUGUCCCUCUGCAGUGUUCAGCCCUGCUGGUUAGAGAAGAGGGGCUGAUGCAGAGCUGCAAUCAAAUGCAUGCUUCCUACCUCUUUCAACAAGACAAGCACUAUGACCUGUCUUACGACACUGGAGACAAGGCCUUGCAAUGUGGCCGACAUGUUGAUGUCUUCAAACUAUGGCUCAUGUGGAGGGCAAAGGGAACCACGGGAUUUGAAGCACAAAUUGACAAGUGCUUGGAACUUGCAGAGUACCUCUAUAAUAAAAUAAAGAACAGAGAAGGUUAUGAAAUGGUGUUUGAUGGAAAGCCUCAGCACACAAAUGUCUGCUUCUGGUAUAUACCUCCCAGUUUACGCGGAAUGGAAGAUAACGAAGAGAGGAUGAGCCGCCUUACAAAGGUGGCCCCAGUGAUAAAAGCCAGGAUGAUGGAGUAUGGAACAACCAUGGUGAGCUAUCAGCCUCUGGGAGACAAAGUGAACUUCUUCCGGAUGGUCAUCUCAAACCCAGCAGCAACUCAUCAAGACAUUGAUUUCCUGAUUGAUGAAAUUGAACGUCUGGGRCAAGAUUUAUAAUAAUGGAGCGUAAAAGGCUGUUCCUGGACCUCUAAGUAGACAAUUAAGUUGUCACAAACUGUGCGAAUGUAUUUGUGGUUUGUUCCAAAGUAAAUCUAUUUCUAUAUUGUGGCGUUGGAGUUGAGUGCAGUUUAAAAUCAAGAAACAUGGCUCCUUUAAAGUCCUUUCCUGAGUUUUAGAAUACCUCUUUAAUAAUUAGCUACUCAAAAAGCUGCAUUGAAAUAUAUAAGGAAGAGCAGAAAAUAUGUACAAUUUUUCUCCCCAGUUUUAACACAGUGACUGUUUUAAAUUAAAAGUAAUCAGACAGAAUGAUGCCAAAUUUGCCCAAAAUGGUGACAAAAUCAAAUUGGGGGAAGGAAGAUAGUGAGGAACAAAGUAUACAAGCUGUAUGCUUAUAAGUGAAAGUAUUUUGUCUUUUUCGUAGUAUUAGAACAGAAUUUCUAAUUUACCUAUAGCAACAUUUCAAAUAUAUUUAAAUAGGUAUAGUUUUACAAAAGGAAAUAUAUAUAUAUAUAUAAAAUCCUAUUUUGUAAACUAAAGAUUUUAUUUUAUAUGGGUUAUGAAACUGCAAGGACAGAAGCUGAAAAUUAACUAGGAUUCUUUUUAUUUUGAUGGAGGUGCCUCGAACGUUUAUUCACUGCUUAUUUUAAAACACAAGCCCACAUAUAUUUUUAAGAGGUACCAGUGCCUCAUUCCUCCAUGUCACAUGGAUUGUACAUCUCCAGGGUUGAUUACUGAAAACCUCAAGAGUACUGCAGCUCUUAAAACCACUUAAUAAGAUCAAUUACAGUGCAACAAUAGGAUGCUAUUAUUCCUAAUUAUGUUUCCCACAUGGCCUAACUGAGCAGACGCACAAUCAAUAUACAGUUUCUUUGCUCUGUGUUAAAAAAGCCUAUCUAAAAAAGUCACAUAUGUGACUACCUGCUUGUGUCAUAACCAUUUCUUUUGCAAGCAAUAUCAAAUUACAUUGAAAAUUAAAUUUGACUGAAAUUCUGUUUAAAAAAAUACCAUAAAAUUCCACAGCUACAUUAUCAAGGUAGGGACUUUGAUAAAUGUACCAGUCUGCAAGACAUGAUCUAAAUUAAAUGCAAGUACACUCUGAAUGGCAGUAAUGGAGUCAGAGUGCCAAACAGAUUUGACAAAGGUUUCUCCCARUACUGGGCUUCAGCAUUGUUUUCAAGGGAUUUUGAAAUUGCUGGAAAAAAAUGAGAUAAGGCUAGAUCUGGCUAAUACAGCCCAUGCAGAGCCACACAAGCAUUUUUAGAGACCAUGGCAGAGGUUUAGAAACCUCUUGCAGAGCUUGCUUACUUGCUGCAUCAUUCCUUAGCAUUAGGAAUGACACUGGCAUGGAAACUUAUAUGUACCCUUUUUCCCUUCAAUAUCUGGAAAUGUUGGUAAGAACUUUGUGGCUUGGGCCUGUCUACUUAUAACCCUACUAAAGUUCUGGUUUUAACUUUGCCUAAGUGGCCAACUUUUGUUUGUAAAGCAAUAUUGUUUUGCUGUCUCAAAGAUACUUGAAGAGAAGAAAAAAAGUGCAAUGUGGUUUUAAUUUCAUCUAAAACAGAAAAAUGGAGUAUUGGUUCAAUGUAAUAUGAGGACAUGAAGUAAGAAGAGGAAAUAAAUUGUGUCUGUAAUUGUGUUGCCUUUAUUAUAUUGAUAGUACUGUUUUGUCACCUCAGAUUGAGGCUGUGCACUUUAGAUUUAAACUGUACAAUGUUGCAAAUCAACAUGUGUUGCUGCAUAAGCUUGUACAAUAUAUUAUUGAUAUGUCAUUAUUUGUGUGGUACUAAUAUUURCUCUUGAUAUUGUAAGAACUGCACUCACAUCAGUCCUUCUACUCUAUCUUUGCUUGAUAUAAGCCUUUCCUUGUCAGCUUUUAGGCAGACCUCUUGCCUCACUCCAGUGGAUUUCCAUUGCUAUCUACAGUGCAUAAUGUUACACGUCAAGCUAUAGAAGAGAUGCAGAGAUGCCAAUUCUAUCAAGGACGCAAUGUGACCUUUGCUGAAUCUGUCAAAAUCAGCUGACCAAUCACCGAAAUACUGGGUAGAGCAGCAAAUUGCUGCAUUCGUCUUUCUUACUGUGAAAAACAAGGCAAG